UGCUGGGGAGGGCACGCCUCGCUCACAGAGGAAACAAAAGACAGGCUCCACAGAGAACUGUUCUCAUUUGAACUUAAUAUUUGAAUAACAGCAGAGUUAAAUACACAAUGACAGAAGGAAAGGAUCUUGAAACGUGUGAGUCUCUUCAGGACAGCGAAUUUUGGAUAGCCUUUCCGACAGAGUAAGCUGGAGGGGAAUAUACCGGAGUGAGUGAAAAGGACCGCAAAAAGCACAAGUGAUACUCUCCAGCUCAGAGUGUGUGCACAAGUGUUUUUAAUGCACUUCAAUGCCUGGGACUGAGGAUCACAAAAGCCAUCAUGACACAAAACAUCUCCACCACGUCUGCCACAACCACCUUCGAGACUCCAAACAGCUCCCUCUUGAACUUCACCACAACCCCAGAAUCCUGUUUGGAUUACGAAGCUCUGCAGAUCCCGCUGGCGGUGCUCUACACUGUCAUCUUCGUCCUGGGUCUAGUUGGGAACCUGGUGGCUCUGUGGGUUUUCUUCUGUGUUCACUCGAAGAAGAACUCAGUGCGGGUGUUCCUCAUGAACAUAGCUUUUGCGGACCUGCUGCUGGUGGUGUGUCUGCCGUUCAGGAUACUCUAUCACAGCCAAGGGAACGAGUGGAAUCUGGCUCCCACUCUGUGUAAAGUUGUGGGCAACCUCUUCUACAUGAACAUGUACAUCAGUGUCACGCUGCUGGGGUUGAUCAGUGUGGAUCGCUACCUGAAGAUCCAUCGAGGUGCUGGGGUGCAGCACAGAUUGAGGUCCACGAGGUGGAGCACCGCCCUCUGCGCUCUCGUCUGGAUUGCGGCCUUCUCUUUGACUUUGGUGCUCCUGAUGUCAAAGAAUCACCCAGAGGGGAAGAGGUGUUUCCACUACAAGCCGCUCCACAAUGCAAAGUGGAAAGCCUACAUCAACAUCUUUUUGCUGGUUCUCUUCUGGCUCGUCUUCAUCUCUCUGGUGGUGUCUUAUGGAAAGAUUGCCCUCAAGCUUCUGAGGACAUCACAAGAGAAACCAGACCUGCCCAACGCGUCCCGCUACACACGAACCGCCAAGAAGUCCUUCUUCAUUCUCUUCCUCUUCACCAUUUGUUUUGUCCCCUAUCACAUGGUCAGGGUGUUUUACAUCAAAACCCAGAUUACAGAAACAUCGUGUUUCUCACAGAACGUGGCGGACAAAGCCAACGAGGUGGCUUUGCUGUUCUCAGCUCUCAACAGCUGCCUGGAUCCUGUUAUGUACUUCCUGUUGUCCUCUUCGGUGAGGAAGGAGGUGCUGCGCUUGGUGGGCAAUAUGUUUUGUCUGCGAGAUCCUGGUGGAGUCAGCGGGAGCAGCUCCACGGCGGAGCUAGAUGGUAAGAACAUGAGGACUGACAGAGGACAGACAAACGUCAGCUUUACUAGCCAUUUGAAGGAGAAGACAGUUAUUGAAUCCAGCUAAGGGAUGUAGAGGAACUCUGAGACACUGAGCCUCCAUCUUUUACGAAGUAAACAUGAUGGGAGCCAAACUGGCGAGGGAACAGUAGCAGCGGCAAGGAGCGUGAGGCUAACUCAACAUGUAUGGCCAUCUGUGCUGUUGCCUGAGUUGUCAAUGGAACUUAUCUUAAUGGAGUAUUCUGAACUAUACAUCUUGUCAUCUACAGUGAACAAAUGUACCUGUUAUAUAUAUAAAAAAAGAAUUACCUGCUUACGUUUUCUACAAACCAGUCAAGUUGUGGUAACCGUUUACAUCCAUGUCUGUCCAGACUCAUAUGUAACCAUGACAGUUGCAAAUGCUUCUAAUAUGGAUGUGGCAGCAAAGAAGCAACAAAUUCUAAAACAUAGACGCUUCACACAUCUUCAGCCCGGCAGCACAAAAGAUCUAUUCAUUCACUGUGGUUUCAGGAUGGACAUUAAAGAUUAGUGUCACCAAUUCAGUAUCUGACCAAAUGCCUCCCCUUCUGUACCUAAAAUAUGACGUUAAAUGAUGGGUAGAAAUGUGUUAUUGCAGUGCAUUAUGAUGUCAUAUUGAAGUUGACCUUUUGGAUAUGAAAUGUCAUCUCUUUAUCAUGUUUGUCCUAUUAAACAUUUGUGUUAAAUUU